GUCAAUGUUAUCGUUCCCUAGGAAUAGUAUAAAAAAAUCGGAGUAUUAAAGUUUGGUUUGCAAGCAAUCUCUCUCUGUGUGUGUUUAUAUAACGUACGAAAACAGUCGAUUUGGGCAUCAAAAUUGAGGUUUAGCAUUAGAAUUUUCUUGAAAUGGGAGUCCAAGUAGCAGACGACUCGAGUGUUGUUGCUCGUGGGAGGUUGGCUGUUUUAUCAGCACAUCUUUCUGCUUGUCUUGAAUCCAGUGCUUUUACACCUGUUCUUGAGUCGUCAUGCACCUCAGCUCAGGUUUUUGUGGCGCCACCGCCAAAUUUGAAGGGUUCGUUGGCGAUCGCCGAUGAAAGAACUGGCAAGAAGUAUAGGGUUCAAGUUUCCGAGGAAGGUACCGUCAGAGCCACCGACUUGAAGAAGAUAACAACAGGAAACAAUGAUAAGGGUCUGAAGCUUUAUGAUCCUGGCUACCUUAACACAGCCCCUGUUCGGUCGUCAAUCUGCUACAUAGAUGGUGAUGAGGGGAUCCUAAGAUACAGAGGCUACCCAAUUGAAGAGUUGGCCGAGAGUAGUUCGUUCUUAGAUGUAGCCUAUCUUUUAUUGUAUGGGAACUUACCUUCUCAGAGCCAGUUAGCAGACUGGGAGUUUACUGUAGCACAACAUUCAGCUGUUCCACAGGGAAUCUUGGAUAUUAUACAUGCCAUGCCUCAUGAUGCUCAUCCAAUGGGUGUUCUGGUCAGUGCAAUGAGUGCCCUUUCUGUAUUUCAUCCCGAUGCAAACCCUGCUCUUAGAGGUCAAGAUCUGUACAAGUCUAAACCAGUGCGAGAUAAGCAAAUAGUGCGCAUACUGGGGAAGGCACCAACUAUUGCUGCAGCAGCUUAUCUGAGGAUGGCUGGGAGGCCUCCUGUUCUUCCUUCCAGCAACCUUUCUUACUCAGAGAACUUCCUAUACAUGCUAGAUUCAUUAGGCGACAAGGCUUAUAAACCCAAUCCUAGACUUGCUCGCGUCCUCGAUAUUCUUUUUAUAUUACAUGCAGAACAUGAGAUGAACUGCUCCACUGCAGCAGCGAGACAUCUUGCGUCAAGUGGUGUCGAUGUAUACACGGCUCUUGCCGGAGCGGUUGGAGCACUAUAUGGCCCUCUCCAUGGUGGAGCAAAUGAGGCUGUCCUAAAGAUGCUGAAUGAGAUAGGAACUGUUGAUAAUAUCCCAGAGUUCAUUGAAGGUGUGAAAAACAGGAAAAGAAAAAUGUCAGGUUUUGGGCACCGUGUGUACAAAAACUAUGAUCCCAGAGCGAAGGUUAUUAAAAAACUGGCAGAGGAGGUUUUCUCAAUUGUAGGCAGGGAUCCCCUAAUUGAGGUGGCUAUUGCUUUGGAACAAGCUGCACUAUCAGAUGGGUACUUUGUUAAACGAAAGUUGUACCCGAAUGUUGAUUUCUAUUCUGGGCUUAUUUAUAGGGCAAUGGGUUUCCCAACGGAGUUCUUUCCUGUUCUCUUUGCAAUACCUCGAAUGGCUGGCUAUUUAUCCCACUGGCGAGAGUCGCUUGAUGACCCUGAUACAAAGAUCAUGAGGCCUGCACAGGUGUACACGGGUAUAUGGAUGCGCCAUUACAUUCCUGCCCAAGAACGGAUGUCAUCAGCAUCGACUGAAGCUGUAGUAGAUAAGCUAGGUCAGCUGGCCGUAUCCAAUGCCACAAGGCGGCGGUUAUCUGGGUCCGGGGUAUGAACGGGUCCAUCUUCUGCAUGUUUCGACUUUCAGGCAAGUAAAAAUAAGUGCCCACCAGAUUGGUUUUAAUAGACUCAUCAUUCAAUUGUCUGAUUGUUAUAUGGUGUUUGUAUGGUAAUGGUGUGUAUCAUUAAGAACUUGUGUUUCGAUAUAUCUGUCACGAUAACAGUUGCUUAUGGAUUUUAAUUCUAUAAUGAUGAUAUCGUUUCCAAUUCUU